AUGCUGAGGCCUCAUGUGUUACCACCGUUCGGGCCGAACAUGAUCUGCAAGUAUCGACCGGGAACGGAGAGCAAGCACAGUCCCGAGACGUCCAGGAAGUCGAGGAUACGUCCGCGUAAGGUUAGCGCCGACAACAUGAAGCCGUUCCAGUGCCAAAAAUGCGGGCGUGGCUUCACCCUGAAGAGGAAUAAGGACCGCCAUGUGAACUACGAGUGCGGACACGAGCCCAGGUUUCAAUGUCCCUACUGUGGACUCCGCAGCAAGCAAACCUCACCGGUUUACGCUCACAUCAGGAAAAAGCAUCCGGAAGAGGAGGUCUUCAUCUUCGACAUGAAGCUCUGA